UCCCGGGCGGACGGCCGGACCAUGGCGCGCAAGAAGGUGCGGCCGCGGCUCAUCGCCGAGCUGGCCCGUCGCGUGCGGGCCCUGCGGGAGCAGCGCGAGCGGCCGCGCGACUCGCAGCGCUACGCCCUGGACGGCGAGACGAUGACGCGGCCGCUGUCGGGGCGCCGCCUGCCCGCGCGGGCCUGGGCCGACGUGAGCCGCGAGAGCCGCCUGCUGCAGCUGCUCAGCCGCCUGCCGCGCUUCGGCCUGGGCCGCCUGGUCACGCGCAAGUCCUGGCUGUGGCAGCACGACGAGCCCUGCUACUGGCGCCUGACGCGCGUGCGCCCCGACUUCUCGGCGCAGGACUUGGACCACGGGCAGGCCUGGGGCGUCCUGACCUUCAAGGGAGAGACGGAGCCCGAGCCCCGCGAGAUCGCGCAGGCCAUGUACCACGACUGGCGGCUGGUGCCCAAGCACGAGGAGGCGGCCUUCGUGGCGGCCGCGGCCGCGCCCGCACGCCCCGCCGGGCCCCGCGCCGUGCCCUACCCGCCGCUGCUGCGGGCCAUGAUCCUGGCCGAGCGCCUCCGCGGCGGCGACCCCAGCCCGGAGGAGCCGGCGCUGAGCCUGGAGGGCACGCGCGUGGCUCCCUGGGACUACCCCGAGCGCAAGGAGCGCCGCCAGAAGGCGCAGGGCACCCCGGUCUGAGCCGCCGCGGGCAGCCCGGCCCGACUCCCCUUCGGACUGUUUGGGGGCAGGCCCGGCCCGCCCCGUCGCACUUGUCCUUUGUAAUAAAAUCCC